AUGGAGAAUACGAAGCAGAACAAAUUUGAAUCAUGUGCCCACCAGAUACCUUUGCCAGAGCCAGGUUCAAUGUCACCAUCACCAGGUGUUCCCGUUGCUCCAAUUGAGAUACCAGAAAACAAUUCAGAGCCGAGGGAAAUUGAAGGCAACCGAUACCUCACGGGCAUCAAGCUUGUCAUGCUAGUCAGUGCAGUAACCCUCGUUAACUUCCUGACUCUACUUGAUUUGACGAUUAUUGUCACGGCCAUUCCAUCAAUUACCUUGCAGUUUCAUUCUCUACGAGACCUGGGAUGGUAUGGUAGUGCAUAUCAAAUAUCUGGGUAUAACGGAACCUAUUUUUGUUGCAGACUUGCCAAGAAACUGACGGAUGAUCAGAGCCUGCCUUCAACCUCUAACAGGCAAAUUAUAUACCCAUUUCAGCUUAAAGGUAAUUAUAACUGUAAUACUUCUCUGGGCCAGCGGAAACAUUCUGAGUGA